GCCCCUGCGGAGAGUCGCUGACAGGAAACAAAAGUCCCACACGACAAUGUCGGGACCUUGUCUUCCCCAGGAGGCAGUCAGAAACAGUCUGAUAGAGGAUGCUAAGGUCCGCUUAAGGAAGCAUGAUGUUGGGAGCAAAUAUUCUCACUUGUCAUAUACCAAAUACUCCAUCCUUUUACCAUUGUUGGCUAAAGAAGGAAAACUCCAUUUGCUGCUCACCACCCGGUCAGAGAAGCUAAGAAGGUCACCUGGAGAAGUUUGCUUCCCCGGAGGAAAGUGUGAACCUACAGACCAGGAUGACAUCGCCACGGCUCUCCGGGAAGCUCAGGAGGAGGUGGGGCUGCGUCCUGGGCAAGUGGAGGUCGUCUGCCGCCUGGUGCCAUGUCUGUUUGACAAAUAUUCAUUGAUAACCCCCGUUGUGGGUUUUAUAGAUCACAACUUCCAGGCUCAGCCUAACCCUGAUGAAGUCAAGCAAGUGUUCCUGGUGUCCCUGGAUUAUUUCCUGCACCCACGCGUCUACCGUCAAAACUGCAUCAACUUCUCUGGUCACAGUUUUCUUACUCACUACUUUGAGUACAUGAACCCUGAAGAUGGGGCAACUUACCAAAUCAAGGGACUCACCGCAAAACUUGCCGUGUUAGUCGCCUUGAUUGUUUUGGAGAAAAAGCCCACAUUUGAGGUUGAAUAUAACCUCAGUGAUCUAAGGUCAUCCUCUGAAGAAUUAUUCCUAAAGCUUCAUAAAGAUACAAGCAAGUUAUGAUUUACAAGACCAAGAUCCAAAGAACUGCCCAAGAACUAUCAAUAGAAUAAUAAUGUCGGUCAGCGGCUGGAGUUUAACAGUGUGACUUGCCUUUUUUCCAUUGCCUUCCCAUGUCUGAAAGAGUAAAACUCUUUCAAAAGUGGAAAAAACUGCGUUUGUAGCAUUGCCUAAUAUCAACCUCAAUUCGUCUAUCAUAUUUUUCUUCUCAGUGGAAAUCAACCAGGGGGAGGCGGGAGGAAGGGAGGAGCCAAAAACCUACCCGCUGGGUACAGUGAACACUACUUGGGUGAUGGGCACAUUAGGACUCAAGCCUAACAAAAGAGAUCCAGGUAACCUAAAACAUUUGUACCCCCUUAUU